UCGUUAAGAUGGCGGCUGGUCGGUAGCUGUGCUGAGAGCGGUUGUACAAAUUUGUAGACGAAGCAUGCUAUCAGAUAUGGAAGGUGUUUGAAAUGUAUGACAAUGAGUGAUGCAUCCAGCAUGAAUUGCCAACCUAGUGGAAGUAGUGGUAUGGUCAGUACCACAGUGGCGCCCCCUACGUCAGGCGCGCUACCUAAACCAAGCAUUGCAGACACCAUUAGACAAGUGGAAGGUCAGAUAGCGUCCUAUGGUCCUGGUCCUCACACUCCGCAACAGAAGGAAGAGUUGUCCAAACUCACAUCGUAUUUCCACAGGGCUAAGCUGGAGCAACAAAAGUUAUUGCAGAUGAUGAGUAGCAACAAGUUGCCUGACAACUCCCUGGGCCCUGCAACAAUCUCCCCAAUGUUGGCAAUCCCCCAAUCUGCCCAGAACUUGAGCCCAGCCCCUAUGCCAGCCCAGGCAACGACUUCUAACGGAGCAUCAGGGGGUGAAGGUCGUGUGCUGGACAAGCGCCGCCUACAGGAGCUUGUGAAGGAGGUCGACCCUCUAGAACAGCUGGAUGAUGAUGUUGAAGAUGUUCUUCUUCAGAUAGCUGAUGACUUCAUUGAGAAUGUGGUCAGUGCUUCAUGCCAGAUUGCCAAACACCGCAAGUCAAACACACUAGAAGUAAAGGAUGUCCAGCUCUAUCUAGAGAGAAGUUGGAACAUGUGGGUGCCUGGAUUUGGCUCAGAGGAGAUCCGCCCUUUCAAGAAGGCAGCUGUAACAGAGGCUCAUAAACAGAGGAUGGCAUUGAUCCGCAAGACAUUGAAGAAGUACUGAUCAUCUUCAUCUUCACCUUCAUGCCAACCACUGUUGUGUCACCUGUCAUCAUGUCCGUGUGACAAUAUCGGGGUCCACCACGCUGUCUCCUCCACUGGCUGCUUGUAGAGACUCGGCCAUGUUGCACAAACCAAUCUUAGCGCUACGACUAUCAUCAUAAGCCUCUGUUGAGUAUGGGAGUUACUAUCAACUUAUCGCUAAGAUCGCUUUCUUGUUUUAUGGACCUCUACCACAGUGAACACUGCCCGAGACUUGCUUCAAGGGAAUACAGUACAGUGGCCCAUUCCACAAAGCGAUCGUAGCGAUAUGACUGUCGUAAGCAGGGGUGGAAAUAACCCAUUGCCCGACGUCCGAGUCCAGUGUAUUUUUCUGUCGGGCAAGCAAAUUUGUAUAUCA